AUGGUAGGCCUCGGUAAAGUCAGCAAUGGUGACAAGCCAUACCAGCUCCAUCUCGUGGUCAUAGGCGCCGGUCUCGCCGGCCUUUCGGCAGCAAUAACUACAAGUCUUGAAGGCCACCGCGUGACCGUGCUUGAGAAAGUAUCGCAACUACAGGACGUAGGCGCCGGUCUUCAAGUGACGCCAAACGCCACGCGCCUGUUGAAACGCUGGGGUCUUUUCGAUGAGCUACGCAAACGUGCCGCUGCGCCGUCGUCCUUGACCGUUCGCCGGUACGACGGUAGUGUCAUGCUCGCGCAAGAGGACAGCUUUCAGGAGAAGAUGCAGGAUAAGUACGAUGCGCCCUUCUGGAAUCUCCACAGGGCGGACUUGCAGAAGGCUCUCGUGGGCCGAGCAAUCGAGCUUGGUGUUGAGAUCCGACUCGAUUCUGAGGUGAUCGAUUUCGACUUCUCUGCAGCAACGGUGAUGCUAAAGGGGGGAGAAAUGGUACACGGCGACGUCCUUCUGGCCGCAGACGGCUUGUGGUCGCGUAGCAGGAGCCUCUUCAUGCAGAAAACAAUCCUCCCGAGCCCGACCGGCGAUCUCGCCUGGCGCAUCAUCCUCAACCUCGAAGACCUGAAAGACCCGGAGCUCGUCGAGUGGGUGUCGAAGCCGACGGUCAACUUCUGGAUCGGUCCCUAUGCCCACGCGGUGGGCUACUCUGUCAGGGGCGGGAAGCAAUUCAAUCUCGUCCUGCUCUCGCCCGAUGAUCUUGAGAAAGACUUGAGCAGAGCGGAGGGCAACCUUGAUGAAAUGAAGAAAUUGUUUGCAGCGUGGGAUCCAAUCUUGAUGAAGUUCCUUAAAUGCGUGCAGAGUGUGGACAAGUGGAAAUUAAUGCACUGUCCCACGCUCGACCAGUGGAGGAAUGAUAAGGGGAAUUUUGUCAUGGCCGGCGACGCCUGCCACCCGAUGCUCCCCUACCUCGCUCAAGGCGCCAACUCCUCUCUCGAGGACGGCGCCGUACUCGGACGCCUCCUCGGCCACGUCAGACACUCCGCCGACGUUCCUCACGCCAUUAAGCUCUACGAAUACCUGCGGAAGGAGAGAAGCCGCACCAUUGCGCUUGAGACGUUCAAGCAGCGCGAGGUCUUCCACUUGCCUGACGGGGAGGCACAGCAACAACGCGACGCCGUUUUCGCCGCCGCCAUGGUCAGCGGGCCCACACCCGCCUUCAGUAGCCGCUGGACGUGUCCAGCCUUUCAGCCCUGGCUUUAUGGUUAUGAUGCGUACGCUGAGGCUGAUCGGGCGUUUGACGCGACGAAGCAGUAA